AUGGUAAGGCGGUGGCGGGUGCUGUUGGGCGUGGGGCUGGUAUGCGUACGGGUAGGGUUGGUGGGGCGGAUAUGCCGGUGUGUGGACGGAGGGAUAUUGUUGCUGAGUCGGGGCGGCGGAUUGCUGGUCCGGAUAGGCGGGAGCGGAAGAGUAGUUGUUCUGGACGUUUUUGAAUGCGCCAAGGACGAGCUUGCCGACCUUCUUCGCGGCCAAUUUGCCCAGAUCACCCGCGACGGAGCGGUCUCCGUCCAUUGCUCGAGCGGGAGGGGUACGUUGUCUGGGGUCUGUAGGCCUGUGCGGGGUGAGCUGCAACUACGAAUUUGCUGUCAAAGCGAAAGGCCAUUGCUGCAUUUACAGUUGUUGAACUUGAAAGAGCGCUGCGGUGCACGUACCGUAGUGUAG